AAAGGAGGUGGGGAAAGUAGGCACCGAGUAGUUUCCAGCCACUGGGGCGAGAGGGAAACCGUUCUGGGGAAACAAACGCCACAUAAAUAAUUGAGUUCGGAGCCCAGUGCUUUCAGAGGCUCGGAGCGCAACUCCCCAGGUUCGCCCAGGACAGAACAGAGCCGGCAAAGGGGCCGGCGACUGGACAGAUCAGCUCAGUUGGCGGGUGGGACGCUGCGCCCGGGGAAGCCCGCAGAAGCGGGAAGGAGAGCGCGCAUCCGGCAAGGGGCCCGCAGCAGCCGAGGCGGGAGGGAGCGGGCUUCGGAGGACGCCGUGCGCGCGCUGCAUGGACCGCGUGCAUCUCUCCGUAGGACCCCGUGUGGGGCCGGAGGGCAACUCCAGCCCAUGGUGGCCUCUGACCGUCAGCGGUGCCAACACCAGCCGGGAAGCGGAGGCGCCAGGGGAAGGCGGCGGCCCGCAGGAGGACGUGCGCAACGAAGGGGUGGCCAAACUAGAGAUCGCCGUCCUGACCGUGACCUUCGUGGCGACAGUGCUGGGUAACAGCAGCGUGCUGCUGGCACUGCACCGCACUCCUCGCAAGACGUCGCGCAUGCACCUCUUCAUCCGCCACCUCAGCCUGGCCGACCUGGCCGUCGCUUUCUUCCAGGUGCUGCCGCAGCUGUGCUGGGACAUCACCUAUCGUUUCCGCGGACCCGACGGGCUGUGCCGCGUGGUGAAGCACCUGCAGGUGUUCGCCAUGUUCGUGUCAGCCUACAUGCUGGUGGUCAUGACCGUCGAUCGCUACAUCGCUGUGUGCCACCCGCUGAAGACCCUGCAGCAGCCGACGCGCCGUUCGCGCCUCAUGAUAGCUGCCGCCUGGGUGCUGAGCUUCGUGCUGAGCGUGCCGCAGUACCUGGUCUUCUCUAUGGUGGAGGUGAACAACGUCACCAAAGCCAACGACUGCUGGGCCACCUUCAUCCAGCCCUGGGGUCCCCGCGCCUACGUGACCUGGAUGACAGGCAGCAUCUUCGUGGCGCCCAUGGUCAUUUUGGGAACCUGCUACGGCUUCAUCUGUUACCACAUCUGGCGCAACGUCCGCAGAAAGACGGUGUCGCGCCAGAACGAGGGCGCCGACGGCGCGGGGGAUGCCUUCCACAAGGGCAUCCUUCGUGCCCCGUGCAUCAGCAGCGUGAAGACCGUUUCCCGGGCCAAGAUCCGCACAGUGAAGAUGACUUUCGUGAUCGUGACGGUUUACAUAGUUUGCUGGGCGCCCUUCUCCGUCAUCCAGAUGUGGUCUGUCUGGGAUGAGAACUUCAACUGGGUCGAGUCAGAAAGCCCGGCAACUACCAUCACUGCAUUACUGGCUUCCUUGAAUAGUUGCUGCAAUCCCUGGAUAUAUAUGUUUUUUAGUGGCCAUCUCCUGCAAGACUGUGUCCAAAGCUUCCCAUGCUGUCAAAACACGAAGCAAACAUUCAACCAAGAAGAUUCUGACAGCAUGAGCAGAAAACAGACUUCUUACACUAACAACCGCAGCCUGACAAACAGUAUGGGUGCUUGGAAGGACUCGCCUAAAUCUUCCAAGUCCAUUAAAUUCAUUCCUGUUUCAACCUGAACCCCACAUUUAUGCAGCCUGACUCUUGUAAUGGACUUUUUGGCCCAAUGACUGAAGCUGCAUGGAAAUCAUGAGUACAAAUGAAUUAUUUGAGAUAAGCGUAAAUCAGCUUAUUAGGUACAAGACUGUGUUUCUAGUUGCAUUUUCACAUUGCUGAGACCAAAAGUUAUGAAUUGUUUUAUGUGGAAUGUUAAUAAAAAUACACUACACUAAGAUCUGCGGGCAUACUUCCCAGAUAUAUAUCCCAAUAGAACAGAAGUUGUAUUGCUAAAGGAAAAUUCAUAAUCACCCUGGCUUUAUA